AUGCUGUGCCCACGGGUCUCUCGUCUUAAAUCUCGGACCACGAGGUUGCUAGCAUCGCGACAGAAAAGAAGCAUUGCUCAACUGCGAUCCACUACAUUGACUUCUGAACUACAAUCUCGCCAGAAAAACAUUAUACAAACAUCCAAUCCCCAACGGAAUGUCGUACACCGAUUCUCCACUGCAACUGAGGCGUCGGACGAGCCGGCACGAACUCCGACUGAGGCUAUUAAUACCUUGAUCGAGCGUAUCAAUAAGAAUGACGAUGAUAUGGCAGUUUUAAUGGAGGAGCUGGAACUGCUUGACGACCCAGAUAUUGUGAACGAUUCUGCCGUUGAAGAUGCUACUCAAUUCGAGGACCUACUCAACGCCCGCGACAACUACACUUCGGAGGAGUGGGUGAAGAUGGUCAGGCAAGGUUUCGGCGACACAAUCCCAGAAGGAACCCUUGAUGAUGCCGAUCUGCGACUUUAUACUAGUCUCUAUGGAGAGCCUGUUAUUCGGGAUAUAGAAGAUUUCGUCCUAGAGGGCAUGGAGGCAGAAGAAGAUGAGGAUUCUCAACGCUUGUUCCGCGAAGACGGGCAGGGGGACAUUCCUGUGGUCUACGACAUGGAAGGUAAUACGGAGGAAGAAACAAUCGCCAUGCGGCGUACUCGAGAAGUUGCCGAGCAACUGGGCGGCGAGAUCAUGCUGGAGCAGUUUGAGAAUGAGGCUUUCCCAGACUCAGCCCCACGAUCCCAUCCCAUCACCAUGGAAGGGAAAUUUCAGACAAAUCCCAGCACCGUUAACUUGCCAAAGGAUACUUUUACUGGCCCUAUCUCGGUCAUUCUAUCGGAGUACUCCAAUAAGCAUAUAGCGGAGACUGCUCAUCGCCUGUUUGGUGGACCAGGACUUCCUCAUUCUACUACGACUCCGCCUCCGCGUGCACAACUACCUCAGCUUCCGAUUCCGCUCCAUGCAUCGCAACGUCACAUGGGAGACAUGGAGGCCAAUGCCUACAUUGCGGCCUUAUACCCCGGGAUGUAUGCUUCCACUCUCAGUGUCCUCGCUGAAGUGCGGAAGCGUCUUGGGACAGACUGGCUUCGCCGCUUGAUAUAUCAAGAAAAAGGACCUAAUGUCCUCGAUGCCAGUGCCGGCGGUGCUGGUAUCUUGGCUUGGCGAGAUGUCGUCAACGCUGAAUAUCAAGUCAUGGUUCCUGAUCAUCCCGAAGGUGCACCGGUUCCAUAUGGUAGAUCAACGGUAGUGACGGGUUCACACACACUUCAGCUGCGAGCGGCAGCAAUUCUAGAGAACACGACGUUCCUUCCUCGUUUACCGGAUUACGUUCAUGUGCGUGACAAGGCAACCCUAGAUGACGAGCGUGCCAUUCAGCGCAAGCAAUACGAUGUCAUCAUUGCACCACACUCUCUACUCGGACUCACUGAAGAUUAUGAGCGCAAAGAGCACGUGGAGAAACUAUGGGAGCUGCUCAACCCUGAUGGCGGUGUUCUGAUUCUGCUAGAGAAGGGUCGCCAGAAGGGGUUUGAGGCCAUUGCCGGUGCUCGUGAAAUGCUCCUGCGACGACAUAUUGCGAGUCCAGGCUCUACAGAAUAUGAAAGUUCCCUUGAUUCCCCUGACGAAAGUUUGACUGUGCAGAAAGAGACGGGUAUGAUCAUCGCCCCCUGCACAACUCACUCGACCUGUCCGAUGCACAACUCAGCAGGCCCGAUGAAAGGUCGCAAAGACUACUGCCACUUUGAGCAACGGUACAUCCGGCCUCCCUUCCUCCAGCGUAUUAUGAAUGCCAAAGACCGCAACCACGAGGACAUCAAGUAUAGCUACAUUGCCGUCCAACGUGGUGUAGAUCUGCGUCAGCAGCAGGGUAUCCGCCAGGAUACUGAAAGGACAGAUGCUGCCUUCGAGGGAUUUGAGCAUCUUGAAGAUGCCCAGCCAAGUGCUGAAUUUAACCCGCUCUCCCUUCCUCGUGCCGUCUACGCGCCCAUGAAACGCCGUGGUCACGUCAUCUUUGACCUGUGCACGCCAGCGGGUAAGAUUGAACGCUGGACGGUACCCCGAUCUUUUAGUAAACAGGCCUACCGUGAUGCUCGCAAGUCUAAUUGGGGUGACUUGUGGGCACUGGGGGCCAAGACACGUAUCCCUCGCAAGUUGAAUUUGGGCUCCAGCGAAGGCAAGAAAGAGCGUCUUGCUCGACGAGCAGCUGACAAAGCCGCACGCGAAGAGGAAGAUGAGUUUGAUGAUGAGUAUGACGAAGAAGACGCUGGGUUGGAUGAUGGAGUAGAGGCUCCCGUACGGAAGCAAGGCCAGCGUAUUCCUAGCUGGAAGAAGCAUAAUGACAAGAAGAAGCAGAGACAGGCGCAGAAAAAGCAGGAUACAUGCUGA